CGACGCGAGCACAGUCAUUCGAAUCCAGUAUUAGUGCGGUGUAGAGUGUUCGGUGUUUUGUAAAUCCACUUAUUCGAAUUUUCUCUCUCUCUCUCUUUCUUUUUUCUCUCCUUCUCUUUCUGUUUCUUGCGCGACUGCGAUCGAUUAGUGUAUAAAAAUGCCUUUCAAGCCCGUAGAACAUCCAAAAUGCCCUAAAUGUGGCAAGUCCGUUUAUGCUGCAGAAGAGCGGGUUGCCGGUGGACUGAAAUGGCACAAAAUGUGCUUCAAGUGCGGUCUUUGCGGCAAGCUGCUCGACUCAACAAACUGCUCCGAGCACGAGGGCGAGCUGUACUGCAAAGUCUGCCACGGCCGCAAGUUCGGCCCUAAGGGCUACGGUUUCGGUGGCGGAGCUGGCUGUCUGUCCAUGGACCAAGGCGAGCACCUUCAAGCGAAGGAGGAAUUUUCACGGGGUUCGAACGCCGUCCUCGAAUCGCGGGCCAUCGCGAAGGCACCCGAGGGAGAGGGAUGUCCUCGUUGCGGAGGAUACGUGUAUGCUGCUGAGCAGAUGUUGGCUCGAGGAAGGCAAUGGCACAGGGAAUGCUUUAAGUGUGCCAACUGUUCCAAACGAUUAGAUUCUGUCAACUGCUGCGAAGGACCUGAUAAAGACAUCUAUUGCAAAGUAUGCUACGGAAAGAAGUUCGGACCGAAGGGAUAUGGCUACGGCCAGGGUGGCGGCGCCCUGCAGAGCGACUGUUACGCCAAUGGCGAUGCGGCGCCCCGUACCACCGUGAUCGACACCGCGAUAAUCAAGGCUCCUCCUGGCAAGGGCUGCCCCCGUUGUGGUGGUGUGGUCUUCGCAGCCGAGCAGGUGCUCGCCAAGGGCCGCGAGUGGCACCGGAAGUGCUACAAGUGCCAUGACUGCACCAAGACCCUCGACUCAAUCAUCGCCUGCGACGGACCGGACCGGGACGUCUACUGCAAGACCUGCUACGGGAAGAAGUGGGGACCGCACGGAUACGGAUUCGCAUGUGGCUCGGGAUUCCUCCAAACCGACGGACUCACGGAGGAAGAAAUUUCGGCCAAUCGACCAUUCUACAAUCCUGAUACGACCUCGAUUAAGGCGCCAGCUGGGCAGGGUUGCCCCCGUUGCGGUGGCAUGGUGUUUGCCGCGGAACAACAGCUCGCCAAGGGCACCAUGUGGCAUAAGAAAUGCUUCAAUUGCGCCGAGUGCCACCGACCCUUGGACUCUAUGCUGGCAUGCGAUGGCCCCGAUAAGGAAAUCCACUGCCGCGCGUGCUACGGAAAGCUUUUCGGGCCCAAAGGCUUCGGAUUCGGCCACAAGCCAACUCUCGUCUCGACGAACGGAGAUCAUGCGCCCUCAUACAUCGACGCCAAGCCGCAGGUCGGUCAGAAGCGAAACGACGGACACGGUUGCUCGCGCUGCGGCUACCCGGUGUACGCCGCCGAGCAGAUGAUCUCGAAGAACCGCGUGUGGCACAAGCGGUGCUUCAGCUGUGGCGAGUGCCACCGUUCUCUGGACUCGACGAACUUGAACGACGGCCCGGACGGAGACAUCUACUGCCGCGGCUGCUACAACCGGAACUUCGGACCUAAGGGCGUGGGCUUCGGAAUGGGCGCGGGCACCCUCACGAUGGCCUAAUCGGCGACGGCCUCCCCCUUACACGCCACUCGAAGAGCACCCUCGAUCCAGUCUUAUAUAUUAAUGUAAAUACAUCUAUACAUAGAGGCGUCUGACUGUGUAUCCGACGACAGACGAACGCGCUGCUCCGGGAAUUUCGAUUUCUCCUUUCCUAGCUUACGACGAUUCGAUGAUUGUCGAUGACUACGCUUUCGUUAUUGCGAACGCCGCCGUAGCGGAGGACGCUGGAUCACGGAUCCCGAUCCCAUCUGGAUCGAUGGAGAUCGACCGCGCGUGAAUAAACCGUUGCAUACUGUCGACAGUUCGUCGCGGUAUGAAAUCGCGCAUUGAUCAUAUUACGAAUAAAUUAAUUAUCAAAUUAAUUGAUAAUUCGCUUAUCGGUAAUACGUAUCGACGCGAUAUCGCGCAAUUUGCGAAGAUAUUUUAAUAAUGGCACAAUUUCGAAAUAGAAGAGGAUUUGAUAUCGAGGAGUUGGGUUUGCUCAAAAAGUUCAUUGACUUUUCAGAUUUUUAUGUCUACUCUAAAAUUUUCCUCUACGUUAAUUGUAAACUUCACAUUUCAUAACGGAAAACAUAAAGUUUCACCAUUAUCAAAAUUACACUCCAUUUGGUUACACUAUAUCAAUCCGUUGCGAGUUUUCGACAGUAUGUCGAUUUAUUCCUGCUGCAAUCAGUUGGAUCUAUCGUCGUCCAAUCAUCAUGAUGGAUUGCAUAGGUUGCUGCGAAGAUUUCACGAGACUUGCGAUUUGCAAGAACAGCUUGCGAGCUGUAACUAGUGAUUUCAGUCACGGAAUAUUUCGCGAUUUUCCUGUGCCUCGUACAAAUUCCGUAGCAAUCUAGACGAUCCUCGAUGACGAGCUACGCGCAAACGAUUAAUCUGAUGACGAACAAUUACGAACGUACGAAACUUUUGUUACUUUCUUUUUCUUCUUUUUUCUUUUCUUUUCUUUUCCUUAAUUAGGAAACUGGAGAUUACGACUACGAAAAUCGAUCCGCGAGAUGUCAAAUUUAGGGGGGGUCGUACUUGUUGCUCAAAAUCCUUCUCAGAGUUUUGGAUGGUGGAAAUUUUUUCAAUUUCCGAUUAAAAUAUUGCUUCUGAUCAAAUAUGUCAAAAUGAAUAAAGAGUCGAGGAUCAUAUUUCUCAAAGUUUUAUACAAGAAAGUCAAAACAGAAAUAUGUUUAACAGAUGAAAGUAUACUUCGCUCCGCUGACGAAGAAAAUCGCCAACCAGAAUUAUCAUAUCACUGGUAUGCUCACGAUUUAACAUUUAACAUUGCUCAUAAUUAAAUAUUUAGGAGUCUGGAUAAUGUUUUUCUGUCUCUAUAAUAGCUAUGGUCUGGGAAACAGUGCAUCAUAUGAAUUAAAGAUGCUGGCUUUUUAACUGUUUCCGGUAGCAGAUCUAAAUUAAGCAAUGACAAACGAACAGAUUCUAUCACGGACAAAUAUUAUGUUUCCAUCGAUCUUUAACUUUCGAAUAAAGAGGUUUUGAUACUUACAGCGUAAUAAUUCAUCACCUGACAUCGAUUGCAGCGGAUAUCCGCGGAUAUAAAUGGAUGAAUGUGAAUAAAAAUUUUUAAAACCGGGCUACGACCAGCAGCAACGAUGUAAUCGACGACUAAGACGAGAAACUAAUUUAAUAAUUAUAAUUUUCAAUAAAUGUGUACUUG